CCUACAAGUGAGAUUCCCCUAACUGUCCAAAGGCAAAAGACCCUACUAAAGCAUUCUAUUUUCUCCACAUGCACAAUCUUCUCUCACAAAACUCACAGAACAAGAAAAAUGUGUCUGGGAAAUCAAAGGAGUGAGAGAUACCAGGCUACCAGCCUUACUCGAGGCCUAAUACUUCUUCUUCAUCUUCAGUAGUUGAUGGCUACUGUUGUCCGCCACACCAAGAAGUUCUGUUUAGGCACAUGGCUCGAAUUCCCGUAAACUACACAGUUACUAGGUAUGAAAUCGAGGUGACCCAAUGGAUAAUCGACGAGAGUCGUAAUGAAGAAAAGGAGGAGGAGGAGGAGGAAGAUACCGAAGAGUUAGCGGCGGGCGAGGCUGAAGACGUGUCAAAGUGUUGUUUCGAGACGAGGACACACUGGGGCCCGGUUGAGGACGACGGGGAGGAAGCAGAAGUGUGCUCGAUUUGCCUGCUGGAGUACCAAGAUGAAGAGACGGUGGCCGAAACACUUCAAUGCGGACAUGAGUAUCAUCGAGAUUGCAUCAACAAGUGGUUGUCGAAGAAGAAGAAGAAGGCUUGCCCUUUCUGUAGAGCAACAAGGCGGCCCUUAAUGCAAUUAGUUAAUGAUUAGGCGCACAAAUCUCGAUUAAUUAUUCUCUUACUUUGUGAUUUGUUGAUGUAUGGAAGUUUGUACUCAUAUUCUUACUUUACUUGAUGCCCUUUUGUAAUUUUCUAUUUGCGCUAUGAGUUAGAAUCCCAUAACAGAGGGCAAUAACUUGAAUUGGUUCGUUUUCCAAAAGACAACAAAAAUUACAACUAAUAAACUACCAAUCAUAUU